GAUUGAUGGUGUAGUUUUGCCUUCCGGAGAAUCUGGCACUAUGUUGAUACCUUUGCGUAUCCAUUGAUUUAAUAUAUCGAUCUGUUUUCAUAUGUCGUUUCUGGGUUUGAGGCAACAAGAUACAUUCAACUUUUAAAUGUAGAAACAGACAAAUGCAAAAAAUAUUAUUUAAUCUUGUUUGACUGACGUAUUUCCAGGUACUGACGAACUGACGCAAGUUCAAACUCCUGUUCUUGCUUGAAGAAGCAUUUUUUGAGCCAUGUCUGCUGAACAGUACCCCCCUCCAUAUCCUGGCUUUGCUCCUUAUGUCGCUCCAGGAGCUGGACCAUAUCCUCAGCAGCAGUACCCUGGGGGAGAUGUCUAUCCAAAUCAGCAGUAUUCUGGUGGAGGAGCUUAUCCACAGCAGCAGUAUCCCGGAGGAGUAAAUCCCCAGCAAAACUAUCCGAAUGCUGGGCCAUAUCCACCACAAGGCUAUCCAAGUGGAGGAGCAUUUCCCCAACAGCAGUACCCUACCUCUCCUCAGUAUCCUAGUCAACAGUACCCAAAGCCUCCUGGACAAGGUAAUUUUGGUCCUUUCGUUCCACCACCAGCAGCAGUGCCAAUGCACUUUCCUGCAGCUACUGAUUAUCCCAAAGAUGAAACUACUGAAGUUACUGCUGGAUGGUCAGGAUUUUCAGAUAAAGCAGUCAGGGCUGUCUUUGUGAGAAAGGUGUAUUUAAUUUUGAUGGUUCAGCUUUUAUUUUCAUUGGGUGUUAUAGCAUUAUUUGUUUUUCACCCAAAGGUUAAACUGUUUGUGAGAAGGCAUUCUUAUUUAUAUUACGUUUCAUAUGCUAUAUUUAUUGGAGUAUAUAUAGCUCUUGCUUGCUGUGGCAAUCUAAGGAGGAAAUAUCCUACAAAUAUGAUUCUUCUCUCUAUAUUUACAAUGUCCAUGAGUUACAUGUUAGGAACAAUGUCGAGCUUUUAUGAUACUGAAGUAGUUCUGAUGGCUGUUGGCAUUUGCGCUGGUGUCUGCUUAGCUGUAUCUCUCUUCUCGUUUCAUACCAAAUUUGAUUUUACUUCUUGUGGUGGACUAUUGUUCAUUGUGGCAAUAGUUUUCUUCCUGUUUGGCAUCAUUACAAUAUUUACCUACAAUAAAAUUAUGUUGACUAUAUAUGCUGCUGGCGGAGCACUAUUGUUUACACUAUUUUUGGCGUAUGACACUCAAAUGUUGAUGGGUGGUAAAAAGCAUGAGUUAAGCCCUGAGGAGCAUAUAUUCGCAGCCAUGCAGCUGUACUUGGAUAUCGUCAACAUCUUUAUGUAUCUCUUAAUGUUGUUAAAUUUGGGUAGAGGAGAUUAAUCCCUCACAGCAAGCAAUUCUAUUUCAAAUGCUUGCUCACAGGAACACAUUCAUAUGUUGGGAACUGUACAAAGCAAAAUCUUAUGAUCAAUAUACCUUUGAAUGGUAUAAAAUUCAUGUGAUCAAGAUAAAUGUACUUUUCAAAUUGAGAUUUUUUCCCAGUCUUUACUUUUUCAGCAAAUGAAUUCUUCUGUGAGCUUGAAAUGGAAAAUGAGAUGACUGAGUGUAUUUAUUUCCUUAACGUAAUGUAUAGUUUGAGUUGAGAGUCUCAGUUUUACUUUGUCCUGUUAUUUGAUAUCUUUCUUGCUGUAGUUUUUUAAUAUAAACUAGCAUUUAUUUUGUAUUUGUUAAGAUUUUUCUAAAAGCUUAUUAGUCACUACCUGAAUUUUUGUUUACCUGCAUAGUCUCUUUUUUAAAUGGAAAAUGUUAAAACAUUCCUGUUAUAAUGAUUUAUGACUACAGUGGUAUGUGUAUGAGUGACUUUUUUCUGACUCAAGAUCUCGCUUAUAUACUUGUUGUGAAAAUUGUAUAUAGCAUGCUUUGAAAAUUUAAUGUAACAGACAUUUUUGUUUCUUUCAAAGCUUAUUUGAAACUUUGACAACAAAAUUAUUUGAAGAAUUUAUAAUAUGAAGUUCAGAAAUUAGUAUAUUAGGAAGAAUUUUCUUCAAAUGAUAUCCUACUUAAUUACUAUCUUCUAUUUUUACAUGUUGAAAAAAAAAUGAAUUUGCAUGUUAUAACUCAUUUUAAAGUAUGUGUAGUAUGUUAAUGAAACAGAUGUUCCAAUAUUUAUUUUCUUUUAUUGAUGAAAUUAUUAGUCUACUUGUGAUGGAUAAGUUUACUAUACAUGUGAAAAAAAAAGUUUCAAGUUUUAUUUUAUGUAGAUCUGUACUCUGAUGCAUUUCACAUGUAAU